AUGAGCGAAUCCUCGACUCUCGCCUCCGUGCUCGAGUCGCAGGCCUCCCUCCUUCAAGAAGCGUCUCUCGCGCUCCCGCACCAGUUCUCCCAGUGCACCUAUCCCAACGGCCCGAUUCGCCAAGCUGUCUACCUCUGCCUUACUUGCACAUCCCCUGCAUCGUCCACCACCCAACCGCGCGGGAUAUGCUCGGCGUGCUCCAUUGCAUGCCACACGGACCACGAGCAACUUGAAUUGUUUCCCAAGCGCCGUUUCCGAUGCGACUGCCCCACACACGGGCUCACGGAGGCCUGUACGCUCCAUGCGAAGGAGGAGCCGGUGAAUCAGGCGAACGAGUACGGACCGAACUUUCGGGCGGUAUUUUGUCGGUGCGGGCGGAAGUAUGACGCGAACAAAGAGCGGGAGACGAUGAUCCAGUGUUUGCAAUGUGAGGACUGGUUCCACGAAUCAUGUUUGAACCUCCGUGAACGCCCCCCUUCUCGAGAGCCAACCCCGGAAGCUCAGGAGCCCCCUGCAUCCGACGGUGCAUCCGACGCGUCUUCAUCUGGACUGCCACCACCGCUCGUCACCGCAGAAGACUAUGAUGCUCUCAUCUGUAGCGCGUGCGUCCGCAAGGUGCAUGCAGUUGAACGAAUAGCAGGGAUGCCUGGCGCAAUUAUGGUCGUGCGAUCUUCGGAUGGCGAACCCUGGCGAGCAAUUGGGCAGCAAGAAGUUAUAGUUGUGGAUGAGAAGGAUACAAGCACGGCGAACGGACAUCCUGGCGUCACCGCGACGACGACCCCCACGGAAUCCACUGGCGAAAAGCGGGGGCGGUCUGCUUCGGUGGAUCAAGAACCGACCGCAAAACGGGCUCGGGUGUCCCCAACUCCGGAGGGUGCAGACUACAUCGAUGCAGGAUGUUCAUGUUCUGCACCUCCCCGCGACCGGCGAGUACAGAACCUGUUCAAGAAGCUGCAUACACCAAACGAAGGGGUGUCACAAGAAGAGAUAAGCGAAAGCUACCAGGGUCUUGGUGACGUCUUCCUGAUAGAUGGGUGGAGGGACCGAUGGUGUAGCUGCGGAGCGUGUGCGGAGUCCCUGAAAGAUCGCAGCUAUCUUGUGGAGGAGGAAGAUACGUACGAGCCUCCGGAAGACCCUGACUCAGGUCUUUCUUUGGAGGAACUCGGCAUGAGGGCCUUGCAACGGUUACCCCGAGAACAAGCCCUCAACGGUAUCAUGGCAUUCAAUGCCAUGCGGGAUGACCUCAUGCAACACCUGCGUCCGUUUGCGGAACGAGGCGAGGAAGUACCAGAGUCGGCUAUACGCGCGUUCUUCAACGCACGCAUACAGGAGCUCGAGGCCAAACGUCGAUGA